AUGGACGUGAAGCUGGAUCGGGCGACAUGGGGCAACGUUGGUGGGAACGUGUGGAAGAGGGACCUGGACGGCAUCGAGUGGUACGAGAACAUGGCUGCAGACAUCUGGCCGAACGAGCACACGUUCCUAUUCGAGCAGGACCACAGCUCGGCGCUCUCUGCACUGAUCAGAGGAUACGAGGAGUCCGGCUCCGCGAGUCCCGGCCCACCACCGAGAACGAUGGGCGCUCUUGCUUCGACAUCGUCCCAGUGCAGACACACCUUCUCGGCUUCAGAGACGAACUCAAUGCUCACCGUUAUCAAGGAGAAAGGCCUACCUUCGAUAUCGCAGCUUGCCGUUGCAAGCCACCUCGUUGUCCUCGCACGCCGCUUCCCGUCCACGACGCGGACCCGCGUGGCGUAUGCAACGGCAGUCAACGUACGCGACUGCCUCGGCCUGGCUACGCCCCGCUACUUUGGCAAUGCCUUUGCCUCCCUCAGCUCUUCUUUCGAGUCUGUUCAUAAAGACGAGUCUGAAGAGGAGGAAGGGCUUCGAGUGCGUGUCUGCAAAUUGGCCAGUGAGAUGUCGGCCGACGCAAGGGCAUGUAAAGACGAAGCCGAAGAGCGGCUCGUCGUCUUUGGCAAGCUCAUUAAGCUGGUGCGGAACGACGUCAGCGCCGGACCGCCGCCCCCAAGGCAUCAAUCAAUGUGCAUGUCAGACGGCUUGCUGGAACGUUAUGUUCAAAGGAGCUACGCGAGCCAGCUCCACGUUGAGGGCGUGCACUUUGGGUGCCACGUUCACCAACCAUAUCUCAUUGGCCGUUCGGCCACGUUUCGAGAUCGUCUCACCCUUUCUCUCGACUACAAUGAGGCCAUUCACAAGCGGGACGAGGUGGCGCUCCUUGUGGAGGAGUGGGCCAGUCUUUUGAAGCUAGCUGUCGCUUCGACGCAGCACUAAGGGUGACAGGAAAAAGAUCGUCGGACGCAUGGAAGCCGAUGCGGUCGGACCGCC